AUGCCCAGCAAUGAUCGCGGUGUGGACCUUGUUUGUAUAGUCCCCCCGAUGGAGUCCACUGUUGAAGAGGAGGGAAAGUGGGAGCUGGUGGCCCAUUUCAACGAUCGAUAUAAGAUCAAGAACUGUCGACAUAACUACUACUGUCGUGCUCCGUAUCCGUCUAUAGAUGGGUCGUCUAUUGUUGGGGAUGAGUUCUAUGGAACCUUUUGGUUCCUUGAAAAGGUUAACACCGGAAGGCGGGAGCACACAGGAAACGUUUACAUCAUCAGGGAUUAUGUUAACCCCAAUCUAUGCUGGAGUUUAGAAGACGCAAAUGAUAGAUCCCCCAUUUCUCUUAGAGAGUACACCCCUGUCCCAAACAAGCUAUGGAGGAUCGAGAAAUACUCAUCGCAGUCGCCGGUAACCCCUGAUUACUUUCCGUCCGGGUACACGCCCGGUACAGACAUAACUGCACUUCUCAGCUGUGACGAUUAUUAUCCACCAGGAUUUUCGUGGGAGAAAUCUAUUGCGUAG